CACAAUCUGGCAAUUCCCGCUGGCAUAUUCCAUCUGCCACGUCUGUACUGUUUUUGAGAGUCUUCCGAUUCAUUCAUUUGACUCGAUAGAUUCGUAAUUAUCCUCUAGAAGUCAUCUUUCGCUGUUGGAUAUGAACUUCCCUUGGACCAGAUCACCACAAAGCAUACUCGAGCACUAUAACGUUGAUCCAAGGCUUGGUCUGAGUGUUGAGAGGGCUAGGGAGCAUGCGGAGGUGUACGGGAGGAACGAGCUGCCGGAUGAUCCUCCGACGUCGUUGUUUGAGUUGAUCCUCGAACAGUUUAAGGAUCAACUAGUGCUUAUUCUUCUCGGUUCUGCCGUUGUCUCCUUUGUCCUUGCACUUGUCGAAUUACGUGAGGAGAACUCUGGCGCAAGCCUCGCUACUGCUUUUGUGGAACCUAUCGUUAUCCUUCUUAUUCUCAUUGCGAAUGCUGCCGUUGGCGUCAUACAAGAAACUAGUGCAGAGAAGGCCAUUGAUGCGUUGAAGGAAUAUUCCCCUGACGAAGCAAAAGUGUUGCGCAACGGGAAAGUCACCAAACUUCAUGCGACGGAUGUUGUUCCUGGGGAUAUUGUCAACGUAGCUGUAGGUGAUAGGGUGCCAGCGGAUUGUCGGUUGCUGUCGAUUUCAUCGAGUAGUUUCAGGGUAGACCAAGCUAUACUUACCGGGGAGAGUGAGAGCGUCAAUAAAUCCACAGCAGUCGUCAACGAUGAGAAAGCUGUGAAGCAAGACCAAACUAAUAUGCUGUUCUCUGGCACCACGGUUGUGAACGGCAAUGCUUCAGCUAUUGUCGUCGCCACCGGCUCUCGCACUGCUAUAGGGGACAUCCACCUUUCUAUCUCGGCCCAAAUUGCAGAGAAAACCCCACUCAAGCGGAAACUGGAUGACUUUGGUGACAUGCUUGCUAAAGUCAUCUCUGUAAUCUGCAUCGUGGUCUGGAUUGUCAAUAUCAAUCAUUUUGGAGAUGCUUCGCAUCAUGGCGUCAUCAAUGGUGCCUUGUAUUACCUUAAAAUUGCGGUUGCUCUGGCAGUGGCUGCUAUUCCUGAAGGGUUGGCUGCUGUUAUCACCGCCUGCCUUGCUCUGGGGACGAAAAAGAUGGCCAAGAAGAAUGCCAUCGUGAGGAAUUUGCCUAGCGUCGAGACUCUGGGGUGUACGAACGUUAUUUGCUCAGACAAAACCGGCACGUUGACCACAAAUCAGAUGAGCGUUGCGAAGUUUCUUGUUGUAGAUGAAAUUACUCAAUCGACUGUCACGUACGAUGUUGAGGGAACCACUUAUGCCCCAGCGGGUGCUAUCUGGGAUGUUCAGGGCAACGUUGUUCCGCCUGCGCUUCUGCGCUCUGCGCCCUUGGCACGUUUGGCCGAGAUUAGUUCGCUAUGCAAUGACGCUACUAUUGUCUACAAUGCGGAGAAAGAUGCCUAUGCCGCUGUUGGUGAACCUACUGAGGCAGCUCUCAAGGUAUUGGUUGAGAAAAUUGGCUAUCCAUCUCCCAAAACGAAUGCCGUGGCCAAUGGAGCUGCUGAGUUACCGAGCGCCACUGUUGCAAAUGACCACCUCGCUGCACAAUUCUCUCGCAUGCUGACUCUGGAAUUCACUCGUGACCGGAAAUCGAUGUCCGUGCUUGUGCGCAAACAUUCAUCAUCUUCUGGCCAUCUCUUCGUCAAAGGGGCACCGGAGUCUGUCCUGGAGCGAUGCAAAUCUGUUCAGAUGGGUGACAAGAUUCUACCAAUGACCCCCGCCCUCCGUUCCUCAGUCCUCGAUUCCACGCUCCAAUUCGGUUCAUCGGGUCUACGCACACUUGCAUUGGCGUAUCGUGAUGUAGCAUCAGCUGACCCUUCCGCAUUUUCAUGCUCCGCUUCUGCCGACUAUGCCCGCUUCGAACAAGAACUCACCUUUGUUUCCCUCGUUGGCAUGCUUGAUCCGCCGCGACCGGAAGUCAAGGAAGCCGUGGCCAACUGUCGCGCAGCAGGUAUCCGAGUUAUCUGUAUUACUGGUGAUAACAAGGGGACUGCGGAGACGAUUUGUCGGCAGAUUGGGAUUUUUGCCGAGGAUGAGGAUCUGUCUGGCAAAAGUUACACCGGGAAGGAAUUUAAUGCGUUAGGUCUGGAAGAGAAGAUUCAGGUUGUGCAGAAGGCCAGCUUAUUCACUCGGACAGAGCCUGGUCAUAAGAGUCAGCUGGUGGAUCUUCUGCAAGGCUUAGGUUUUGUUGUUGCUAUGACUGGGGAUGGAGUGAAUGAUGCCCCUGCUCUGAAGAAGGCUGACAUCGGUGUAGCUAUGGGCAGCGGUACGGACGUUGCGAAGUUGGCAGCUGAUAUGGUACUGGCUGACUCGAAUUUCGCUACGAUCGAGCUCGCUGUUGAGGAAGGACGACUCAUUUACAAUAACACUAAGCAGUUUGUCCGAUAUCUUAUCUCUUCUAAUAUUGGCGAAGUUGUCUCAAUCUUCCUUACCAUCCUCCUUGGCAUGCCGGAAGCGCUCAUUCCUGUCCAGCUUCUUUGGGUGAAUCUUGUGACUGACUCACUCCCGGCAACUGCUCUUGGCUUUAAUCCGCCGGAUCACAGCAUUAUGCGUAUUCCUCCCAGAAACGCACGCGAGCCUUUGGUGGGACCAUGGCUUCUCUUCCGGUACCUUGUUAUAGGAUGCUACGUCGGUGCUGCGACCGUAGCAGGCUACGCCUGGUGGUUUGUUUUCUAUGAAGGUGGACCAAUGAUAUCAUUUUGGCAGCUGAGUCAUUUUCAUCAGUGCUCGACGCAGUUUCCGCAGAUUGGGUGUGAAAUGUUCACGAACGAGUUCGCGCAGCGAGCCACCACUGUCAGCUUGUCAAUUCUUGUGACAGUGGAAAUGUUUAACGCCAUGAACUCCUUAUCGGAGAACGAAAGUCUGUUAAGACUACCUGUUUGGAAGAAUAUGUAUUUGGUUGGGGCUAUCGCACUUAGUAUGGGAUUGCAUUUCCUAAUUCUCUACGUUCCAUUCUUUACGGUUCUUUUCCAAAUCGCACCAUUGAACUGGGCCGAGUGGAGGGCGAUACUAUAUCUCAGCUUCCCAGUGAUUGUGAUAGACGAGAUCCUCAAAUUCAUCUCGAGCCACAGAUGAUCCAUAAUAUUGGUGAUAUUAUGAGAUGAA